AUUUUCAAAUAGGUCGUUAUAAACUAUCUGUACUAUUUUAAAAGUCCACAGGUUCUCUUGCCACCAGUUGGACGCACAGCUGAAGCGUCGAAGUUCAGUCACGGGACGGUCGCCCGGCAUCGAGUAUGCCUCCUUUCGACGUGCUUCUGUGCAUUUGUUGAAGCGCGCUUGCUGCUUACCCGGAGCCAUUGCCAAAAUACUCACUGCAGUUGUGAUGCAGCGCCGACAUUUAUUAGUUGCCAUUCGCACAAGAACCAGUGGUCAGCCAGUCACGGAGCUGACUAGCCACUUAUACUAGCAUUAUUACUGGCAUCAUUGCAACCAUAUACAUAGUAUGUUGGUAUUGCAGCUCGCACCAGUCAGCUAGCAUUGACGCUGCUGCUUUCGGAGAGGCUUGGUUGUUUUGGGCGCUUGCCGACGUAUUUCUAUUUGGAAGUGGCAAUAAGCGCGUGCGGGUGCGACGCCCUGUUUCGUCGGGAACUGGCUAAACUACUGUGGAACAUCCGACUAACUGCGUCGGCACCAGCAGCAAGUACUGAUACAUCGUUUACUCACUUGUGUGGCAUCGAAGAUACUUGGCCGGGCAUCGGACAUAGUCGCCUACGAAUGCUUGGCCAGAAAACCCAAACGUCUGAUUUAACGAUGUGAUGUUCGCGCCGAGAUUUGUUGGCCGCAACGCGCCAAACGACAGCUUGUUUUGUUGCCCCUAGUGUUAGAACAUAAAUUUCAGCAGUUGCAGAUUGCAGUGAAAAAGAGUUUUUCCUCUACUUCGUCAUGUAAUAGUUAUCAAGUUGACUUCGUAGAAUAACAACGGAGGAAAAAUAAGAUCAGUGAAUCGUCAGAGGAUUAGGUUAUCGCUGCAGGCGUUCGCAGCUGAUCAAUAACGUACUUCCGCGAAGCUAACCUGGAGCUCUUUAUUAUUAUUAUUAUUAUACAAAUUUCAGUACAGUAGCCAGCUUUGUGUAUGCACAUACACAAAUUAUAAUCCCUGCGUACUGUCCGAUUUUGCCCCUCACAAUACUUCGAACGAAACAGCGACUUACGCAGGUAGAUAGAAAUGAAAAAUAAGUGAAACACCCGUACGCAGGUGUUGCUCUAGUGCUCUAGUUUUAUUCGCUCUAUUAUCAGACCUCAAUCUACAUAUCAAAUGACUGCAAAUCAGCAAAUGAAGCAUGAAUUAAAAACACGGAAUAAGAAAAAGCAGUGGUUAAAAAAUCUUGGCAAAUCAUUUAGAAAAAUGAUAGGUUUGUCUGCCGUAUCGUAGAGUCAGACCAGUUGAAAGUGGUCAUUACGAUGCUCUUCAAUGUGACAUCUCGAUCCAGAAUAUCUCGAGUGAACAUGUUACGCGGUCAUAUCUUCAAAGUGUGUUGUCAGUAGUUCUUCUCUAUUUGGUUAAAAGGGUUCUUCUCUAGAAAAGAUUCACGUGAAUUUACAUUCGUGUUGUGCUUAUGUUCGAUGUAUGCCGGGCAAUAGACGGUUCGGUAUACCACAUCGCGCUCAAGGGAAGACGGUCGCUCCCGUCUAUCGAUCUCGAUUUUAGUAAAUAAAAAGAGAAGUUGAUGGGAUUUUUGUGCACACAGAAUUUGAUCGCACUAUGACUUAACCUGCCUUCUCUACACGAACGAAAAAGGAUCGAAAACAACGGACUUCGUUCAUAGGAACCUGAAAACUUCUUGGAAUUCGAAGAAUAGAUGCCAAAAAAGGAUCUAACUCGUCUAGUAGCAUUCGUUUAGAAGCAGAAUACUAGAAUGCCAUCCGCGAUACUUACAAAUAGCAUGUCGUUAUAUGGUGUAUAGUGAGCACAUAUUGACGGUGUUGUUCAAUUCCCCUAUACGGGGACGUAUAUUCAAAACUUAAUGGAGUGGUGUUGGAAGUGUUCUCCCGCUUUAAGCAUGAUAUUGGCACACGCGUGGGUACGCCGGCUACGGCGUCUGCCGGCCAUACUUGCGGUAUCUAUAUUGAUGACUUGUCUUCUGUUCCUGGGUCCAUCAGGGCCAUCAAGUUCUGCACAGGAGUCUCAUCUUGCAACAGGAAGACAAAGAGGAUUACAGUGGUUACGCAACGAUGCUCGACAAAAAGAAUACAUCGAUCGUAAAGGAAUACACGUGAUAGUUGGACAUUAUUUGGGCAACGAUCUGCCGUGGGAUCCUAAAGAGAACAUUACGCAAGAACUGUUAAAUGCAAAUAGUUAUAAUCCAGUAGAGGGUGCAGGUGAGCAGGGUCAGCCAGUUUAUCCUGUUGGACCUGAAGUAAUAAAGGCUAAAAUGCUAUAUUCUAUUAACAGCUUCAACUUACUGGUAUCGGACAAGAUUUCGGUAGAAAGAUCACUUCCUGACAUGCGAAAACCAAGUUGUCGAAACCACACAUUGUCAGGAUUGAUAUUAUCAGACCUCCCAGAUACAUCGAUAAUCAUCGUAUUCCACAACGAAGCAUGGUCGACUCUACUCCGGACGGUUCAUUCAAUCAUCAAUCGAUCACCUAGAGAAAUCGUUCGGGAGAUUAUCCUUGUCGACGACGCCAGUGAGCGAGAGUUUUUGAAGCAUUCCCUUGAUACCUAUGUUGCAUCGCUUAAUUUUCCUAUAAAGGUGGUUAGGUCUCCGCGUCGGAUUGGCUUGACUAGAGCACGUUUACUAGGGGCUCGAAUUGCCGAAGGCCGCGUGCUUACUUUUCUCGAUGCUCACUGCGAAUGUACUUAUGGCUGGUUAGAACCUCUUCUCGAAAGAAUAGCUCAAGACAGAUCACGAGUGGUGUGUCCAGUUAUCGAUAUAAUUCAUGACGACACGUUCGCUUAUAUCAAGACCUUCGAAUUAUUGUGGGGUGCCAUCAAUUGGGAACUGCACUUUAGAUGGUACCCGGUAGGUCACUCGGUUAGCGCCAAACGACGCGUUAGUCCGUCUGAACCAUUCAAGACACCUAUAAUGGCUGGUGGCCUCUUUGCUAUAGAUCGCGACUAUUUUUACGAAAUGGGAGCCUACGACGAACAGCUGGACGUCUGGGGAGGCGAAAAUGUUGAGAUGUCUAUUCGGAUAUGGCAGUGCGGCGGUUCUCUGGAGAUUGUUCCCUGCUCCCGUGUAGGCCACGUGUUCCGUCGUAGUUCGCCUUACACGUUUCCUGGUGGUCGCGGAGUAGGUGGAGUCCUUUAUCAGAACCUAGCACGAGUAGCUGAGGUUUGGAUGGACGAGUGGAAGGAGUUGUACUUCAAUCUUAAUCUGGAGGCUCGAAAGGUCCGUCCUACAAUGGAUGUGAGUUCCCGGAAAGCUUUACGGGAGCGCCUACAUUGCAAAUCAUUUGCUUGGUAUCUAAAAAAUGUUUGGCCGGAAAACUUCUUUCCAGGACAUGACCGAUUCUUUGGAAAGAUCCGACACCAGUCAAGUGCACAAUGCAUGGGCCGUCCCAUCUCAAAAAGCUACUACCAACCAGUCGGCAAACUUCGCCUAGAAGAGUGCGCUGUAACCCCAUAUUCACGUCAGCUUUUCACUUUAACUGCUGAAGGAUUUCUUAUGAGCGACGAAAGCAUCUGUUUGGAUUCUCCAGAAAGUACUGCUGAUACAUCCGUUGUUAUGAUAGCCUGCCAGGGCAUUGGCCGCCAGAAAUGGUCGUACGAACCUAAGAGUGGAAGAUUAAUCCAUAUUAGAAGCCGAUUAUGUUUGGAUCUGCCCUCAAAAUCAAGCCCUGACGGCUUGACCCUUCAAAAAUGUGCGGGUCGAAAAAACCAACGCUGGGUUAUGGAACAGGCCAAUUGGAACCGACCUGAUUACUGAUGAUUGAAUCGAUCCCAAUGAUAUUACAGCCUCUUGUGAACCACGAUUAAUCAGUCAUACUCAUCAUUGCCACAUCGACAAUAAGCCCCCCAUUCCCGUAGAUCGUUAGUGUUUUAAAACGCUUUUGUAAAGACUCACCAAAAACAUUAUUAACACUGCUAUUAUUAUUAUUGAAAGUAGCCAGUAAAUUUGCCGCUAUACCUGUACUGUCUCAGAUAUCGCUAAAGGUCAUAUGGCCACAUGUCCGCAAAGGGAGAUGCAACAACGAAAAACAACAUGCGGGCCCGUCCUCGCAUAUAGUAUACUUACUGCCUGUACUAGCAAUUUAGUAUACAAAAUCAAUUUGAAGGAUUUGAUCUUAAAGUACUAGACACCUUUGCGCAAAAAGAGUUUAGUAAGGUCGUUUUAGAAUUGGGCCUAUCCCGUGCUUUAUUUUAAAAAUAAACGUUUUUAGUCAGUUGUCCAAUGAUGCUCUUUGCUGUAUACAUGCGAAAGAAUUACCUUGAAGAAAAGGAUCCAAUUGUUCUUCUACCGAGGAAGAUCCACCCUGAGCAAAGCGUUCUAUGGGCUUGUGUACAUCUGUGGGCAUACAUACCAUGUUUACAAUGGGAUGUAUACCAGACCUACUAAGGUAUCAUAAAUCCUGACGCGUUGUGUGUUGGGUAACAACUAUAAUUAUGUUGACAUUCCCUAGCCCAGAUGAGUUGCUUUCUCAAGGUGCUAUCAAUAUUUGGUUUUAAGAUGUAUACCUUUGAUAUACCUGUGAUAGCGGAGUGUUGCAGAUCGCGGAGGUACUCGUAAUUACAACUACUCUCACGAGUAUUUAGGCUCUAAAUAUUGUGUGCUUAGUCAACUACCUUUCCUAGCUUUUUUCAGGCUUUGAUUUAUUACUUUCGAAUAGGGCACUAUGCAGCACGCCACGGUAACUAUUAAUAUAGUUUUUCUCAACAGCAACUGAAUAACACCUUAUUUUUGAGCUUUGUGUGUAUAAGGCCUUAGUCAUUAUACUAUGCACAAUACCGUUUACUUGUAUGAUUGAUUGUCACAUAGAAUUCGAAAAUGUAAUUUAUGAAAGGUAGAGAUAUUCGAGCUGCAAAAGCUCACAUCUUUAUAUACUUUGAAUUGCAAAUGGCAGCACAAUGCAAGAGUAGAGGUAUCUUUAACUCGGAACGUUUUCUUCAUAACAAUGAAGUAAUGCCCAGAGCCCUCGAAAAAGUGGGGCCGUGACAGUGUUACUAAUGUUAUCACAAAGACCAUAAAGACCAGAGUAUAAUGUUCGAUAACGCUUCGGCCAAACACUAUGAUCUAAUUCUGCAGAAUCGCUUUUUUAACUCUAUAUCUAAGAACAAAAGCAAACACAUUCUGGGAAAUAAACAUCCCCACAUAAGACGUUUGAAGUUAUUUUAUUGAUCAAAUCAACUGACUGGAUUAAUAUAGCUAAACACCCGUGUUGCCAGUACACAGUUCAAAAUAUCAAAACAUACUGUUACUGGGUCUUAAAUAAUAUAAUGGCUUGAAAUAAAUGGAAUGUGCCAACAGACGUUCACUUUUGUGGGACAUAACGAAUAUACCUCUAAACAAAUUAGUAAAUAUAUAAAUACGCGUAUACACUUAUCGUAUGCAUGUACCUUUAUCGCUGUGAAUCAUACGUUUCGACAAAUCGUCCUAGAAAUGGAGGCUAAAUAGUAAAAUUCGGGAUGUAUAUCAGCUAGAAGCCUGAAACCCAACUGGACAUUCGAGUCCAGUAGGGUUUCGGGCUGCGUUUCUGGGGUGGGAUGGGGGGGACGGAGAGGUUGUGCGGUAGGCUGGAGAACCUCGACCGCAUGCUGCGCAUAGAUUUUGAUAUCCGCUACGUCAGAUACAGGAGGAACUUCAUAAACCCAUUUUAAACGAGCGCCCAUUUUGCUUGUAGGCACCUAAGCUCAAAUACUUAUUUGAGCUCUUUAAAAGGUAGCAUUUUCUGGGUUAUAAUGAAGAUGAGUUACGGGCCGCUUUUUAGACACACCUAUCGUACCCAAUAAUGUCUUGCUUUGGGGCAGACUUAUUAAAGCAGUACUUACUGGAGGUAGCGGACGUAGAACUCUAGGUCGAUUUGUGAUGUGAGGGCAUUGGGUCAAAUACCGUGGCCGAAAUGAUAUCAUUUGUGAAAAUCUGUCUGUGGUAUAAGGCUAAAGCAGACUGCCGUAGAGCACUCGCUUUUGCUAAGCUAGGGUAAAGGUUAGUUACUACUUAACGAUGAUUAACAAACUACGUUUACAUCGACGGAACAACUUGAUUACAAUAUUUUUUAGUAAAAUCGUACUUACUGUUUUCUUGAGCUGCAGAUGUUCUUUGCGUAUCGUCGUCACAAUGUACAUCGCAACGUAUUUAAGGUACAUACCUUUGUUCUAUGGAAAUUUCUUUAUCCAUUGCAUAUGACACCACAUAUAAAAAAUAUCGAAUACUUGUAAUGCCUGCCGUGGAUUUGAGAUUCAAUACAAAACCCCGUAUCGUACUACAUUUCUAACUAAGAUGACAGGCCAAGCAGCUUUUUAGAAAAAUAUGGCUGACAAGCCUCUGGGACUCUAAAGGCAUCACACUGUAUCUUCCUAAAAUCCUAAAAUCUUACGAGUACGCAAAACCCAAACAAGAAUGGUUGUCGCAGUAAGACCUCCUUCAACUCAUAUUCAAUCUUACCUGCUUG